UUGACCUGACAAACGUCUUGUUUCUCAUCUAUUACUGCGCACUACAAAAUACACAUUCUUAUGCAGGCGUCCCUCUGUAUGUGCGGGAGGAUGAUGGCGUUGUGUGUAUUCAUGUUUUUGAUUGCGGUGGUCUUUUGUCAAACUCCUUUGGUGUACUUUAAGGCAACUCUGACAAAGAGGUCGAACAAUAUGGCAGCUUUUCACUUUGGGGUUAACAGAAUAAUCCCAUUUAGCAACGUUGAGGCAAACAUUGGUCAUGGGUAUAACCCUACAUCUGGGGUAUUCGUUGCCCCUGAAUCAGGUUACUAUCAGUUCAGGACAAUUUUACAAACAACUCGUGUAGGAAACUCCGAUUUCGCUCUGGUUGCACAGGGUUCUCCGAAAGCAUUUGUAACCAUUCCCAACCACUGGUCAAGCACCGCCAUGAGCGCUAUCUUUCAUGUCAACAGAGGUGACCACGUUUUCGUCAAGAAGAUCUUCGACAACCGUAACGCCCCAUUAAGACAAGGACUGUGGUCGCAGUUUUCUGGAUACCUGCUUAGAAUAGACUGAUUCGGCAUCCGUCUACAAAUAAAGUACCAUAAAUUA